AUAGCCUUUCAAGAACUUGACAAAAAUUUCUGGAACAAAUGGAAAAGUGCAAUUGUUGAUCAUUUUACUUGAAUGCCGGUUAUAGCUUGUCAAUUUUCUGUCAGUUGAAAAGAACUGUUGUGGUUCCAAGUACCUAGUGAAAAGUACAAAGGAAAAUCAAUAUGCGAGUACAAAAUAGGAGAAAAUAUUUAAUGUACUUAGCAAUUCUCUGUUGUUUUCGAAGAAAAUAUAAAAGAGCCAGAAAGUAUCAAGUACAUCCGCUAAAUAUGGAAAGAAGAAAAUACGGUGAAUAUUUCACGUUAAUAAACAGAUUGGUGAAAUACCCCAUGAAAUUUUUUGAAUACUUCCGUAUGAGUCGAAGUGCAUUUAACCUUCUUCUCCAAAAAAUUGAUCCAUUGAUUCGACCAUCGGUAUUAAAUUAUAGACGCGACUUCAUUUCUUCAAAGGAGAAAUUAGUACUUACUCUAAGAUUUUUGGCCACCGGAGCGAGUUUCGCAGACCUUGCUUUUCGUUUCAACAUGGGUCGAGCGACUGUUAGAAAGUCCAUAAUGCAAACCGUAAAAGCUAUUAAUUGUAAAUAGGAGGAAAUAGUGAUGCCCAAACAAAAUUUGUCCAGCUGGAUGAAAAUAUCUGAUGAAUUUUUACAAAAAUGGAAUUUCCCAAACUGCCUAGGGGCAGUUGAUGGGAAACAUAUCCAAAUGUUCGCUCCAAAUAAUUUUGGAAGCAUGGACUUCAACUACAAAAAAUUCUUUUCCAACAUACUAAUGGCAGUAGUGGAUGCAUCUUAUAAGUUUGUAAUGGUUACUAUUGGUGCUCAUGGCUCCAACGCGGAUCCAAGCGUAUUUGCUGCAUCUAACUUUGGCAAGGCAUGGAAGCAGUGCCCCCAACAACUGAAAGUUCCCGCUGAUCGUUGCCUACCUGGAACACAAACACCACAACCAUUUGUUCUUGUGGGAGAUGAGGCAUUCGGAUUGUCGUAUAAUUUGCUGACUCCAUAUUCCGGGAAUUAUCUACCAACGAGUGAAAGAAUAUUUAAUUACAGGUUGUCUAGGGCUAGAAGGCUCGUAGAGAGUGCAUUCAGAAUGUUAGCGCAUACAUGGCGGAUACUAUUGAAAUCCCUUGAGGUUCAGCCAGCACUGGGGAAACUGAUAGUCUUAUGUUGUUGCAUUUUGCACAACUAUAUUAAACUUAAUAUGAAAGAAUUGAAAAAAAAUAUACGAGAAGUACAAACUCAUGAUCCAAGCGCUUACGUUAACUACGAAGCAAGGAUGGCCCAACCUGUGUCAACUGCGGUCAUAAUUAGAAAUUCUUUUGCAGAAUGGUUCAUCAACGAAGGCAAUCUACCUUUUCAAUACAGUCAUGUAUAG